CUCCGCCCUUGGGGGCCGCUCUUCCCCGCUUCUCCGGGUCUGGGACGCGCGCGGGCAGCGGAGCUUCAGAUGGAGCGGGAAGCCCAGGUGCUGCGCGCGGCGGGCGGCUUUGGCCGGGCCCGACGCUUGCUGGCGGCCGCCUCGUGGCUGCCGUGCUUGGCGUUGGGGCUGGCGCUAGGCUCCGAGCCGCUGCUCACCGCGCUGCCCGCGCACCACUGCCGGCCGGACCCCUCGCUGCUGCCGCCCGCGCUGCGCAGCCUGCGCGGACCCGCGCUGCUGGACGCCAGCCUCCCGCGCCUGCGAGCCGGCGCCCGAAGCCCCUGCCUGCUGCUGCGCUACCCUGAACCCGGGGCCCGCGCGCGCCCCAAUGGCACGCGGCCCUGCACUCGCGGCUGGUUCUACGAGCUGCCCGCCGCCGGCCUGUGGAGCAGUCCUGUCACCCAGAACAACCGUGCUCAGGUAGACAGGACGGUAGCUGGGCAGCCUGGGAGAGGAGAAUUGAAGCCAAAGUGGGACCUUGUGUGUGAGGAUGGCUGGAAGGUGCCCCUGGAGCAGACAAGCCACCUCCUGGGCUGGCUACUGGGUUGUAUAGUCCUGGGCACAUGCUGUGACUGGUUUGGUCGCCGGGCUGUGUUUGUGGGCACCCUAUUGCUGGCCACAGGCCUGGGGGCCUGUGAGGCCCUGGCUGCCAGCUUCCCUGCCCUGCUGGUCUUGCGGCUGCUUCAUGGGGGAGCCUUGGCAGGGGUCUUCCUUGCACUCUAUGUAGCUCGUCUGGAGCUGUGCGAUCCCCCACACCGCCUGGUUUUCACCAUGGGUGCUGGCCUCUUCCUAGUGGCGGGCAACCUGUUGCUGCCUGGCCUGGCAUUGCUGGCACAGGACUGGCGCCUCCUGCAGGGGUUAAGUGCCCUGGCCAUGGGACUCUUGCUGCUCUUUUGGGGGUUCUCAACUCUGUUCCCUGAGUCUCCUCGAUGGCUGCUGGCCACAGGACAGCUGACCCGAGCCAGGAAGAUCCUGUGGCAUUUUGCAGAAGCCAGUGGCUUAGACCCUGAGGAGAGCUCAGAAGAGGAGGGCUCUCUGGCCACAGAGCUGGACAUGCUGUCUAUGGGGAGCCCCCAGUCCCAGUACCACUCCAUCCUUGAGCUGCGCCACACCUGCGUUGCUUGGAAAAAUGGCCUCAUCCUGGGCUUCAGUUCGCUGAUUGGUGGGGGCAUCCGAGCCAGUUUCCUGCGCACCCUGGCCCCAAGGGAGGCCUUCUAUCUGCCCUACUUUCUAUCUGCUGGUCUGGAGGCCACAGCCAUUGUCCUGUUGCUGCUGACAACUGACCACUGUGGGCGCCGAACCAUCCUGCUGCUGGGAACCCUCGCCAUGGGCUUGGCCUCCCUGUUGCUUCUUGCUGGGACCCACUACCUGCCGCAUUGGAUAGCACUGGCCCUCUCUGUUCUGGGGCUCCUGGCCUCCCAAGUGGUGUCGGCACUCAGUUGCCUCUUUGCUGCCGAGGUCUUCCCCACAGUGAUCAGGGGGGCUGGGCUGGGCCUUGUGCUGGGUGCUGGGUUCUUGGGCCAGGCAGCCACACCCAUGGCCAACAUGCAUAGCCGGCAAAGCUUCUUCCUGCAGCACAUGCUGUUUGCUGCCUUCACGUUGCUGGCGCUACUCUGUGUCCUGCUGCUGCCCGAGAGCCGUGGCCGUGCGUUGCCCCAGUCACUGCCAGAUGCCGACCGCCUCUGCCGCUCCCCACUCCUGCGAAGCCACCCUCACUCUGAUAACCUGCCUCUUCUGCCGCCAACCCCCCAAGCUGUGCACCUCCCAUAGCAGUACUCAGGCCCAGUGGCCCUUGAGAGCCAAGGCACAGCAGUACCAGGAGUUAGACCCAGGGCCGGACAGAGGUCUAUCUGCACAGACUACAGCUUAUCUCAGGAGGGAGCCAUGGGGACAGUGUGAAAGGUGGCCUGCUCAUGGGUACAUGAUAAAGGGUUCCAUGGAACUCAGUUCUUUCCUCUGGCUACACUUGGGGGUAUAGGGACUCCUGCUCCCCUCUGUGGGGCCCACAACCAAGCCCAAGUGUCUCCUAACUCAGCAACAGGUCUGUGCGCUCUGCACCUUCCUGCGGUCAGUGCACCAG